GUUUUGUAAAAUUAGCUAGCUCUAGGAAAUAUAUUUAAAUACCUAAUUAGUAUGAAAGGUACGUUUAAAAAACGAAUUAGUGUAAAAGGUAUGUUUAAAUACAUAAUUAGUGUAAAAGGUAUGUUCAAAUGCAUUAUUAUCGACAAAGGUAUGACUAAAACUUUUUUUAAUGUUGUAAUUAUUUAUUUAUUCCAAAAAUAUCGUUUAUUUCUUAAAUUUAUUUUCAUUUGAAGUAUCCUCCCUUUUUCAAUCUUGCAUCUGACAACCUUCUCUUCAAAGAACCAUUAAAAACAAUAAUGCUACAUAUGGUACGAAAUAAAAUGAAGUAAAGAGGGAUUUUUUUGUUGUUGUUGUUGUUAUACGGUAGCGCCAGAAGUCAACUGGUUCAAGGGAAAUCCCAAAAGAAAUGUGUUUCAAAAUGUCACAGAAUCACUCGAAUGGCGAUCAACCAUAUAUAUUAUAUUAAAAGAUAUUAUAUAAUGAACGUAGGCUAAAAUGUCAUACAAAGUACUAGAAGACUAUGUAAGUCUCUACGUCUGUAAAUUCAUUCCAAUUCCUUGUCCAAUAACUGCUAACAUUGAGAACAUACGUGGCGUAGCUGGGGGGGGGGGGUUGUUUCGGACCGCACCUGGUGAAACCAUCUCAGGGGUUUACAACAAAUUGACAAUUGCUUUUUUACAAAGCACCCACUGCUGGUUCUUUCCGAAUUUAAAUUCCAAUUCCUUGUCCAAUAACUGCUAACAUUGAGAACAUACGUGGCGUAGCUGGGGGGGGGGGGUUGUUUCGGACCGCACCUGGUGAAACCAUCUCAGGGGUUGACAACAAAUUGACAAUUGCAUUUUUACAAAGCACACACUGCUGGUUCUAUCCGAAUUUAAUCAAUGGAUUACCGAUCACACGUAAAUUGUCCAUACUUCUAACCAAUCCAAAUGUGUGCUUUAUUAAAAGUUCAAAGUUGAUGCGUCCAAAAUGAGGUGACCCCAGAAUUAGGUCAGAAAACACCGUUUUGACGAUGAUUCAACGCCGAUUGAAGUGUUCGGUUACUUUCGUAUGUGACAUGAAGCUAUAUUUAUCAAUACGAUGUGGUCGGGACAUUCUACACUUUACAGUUCUUAAAUACAUUUAGCUCCUGACUUUCAGGUAAUUUGCUUUGUCAUUUUUAUAACGAUUUAUUUUGACGAGAGGAAAUUCAUCGUGGCAGUCGGGGUGACACCAUCAGCUUACCGCCCCGGGUGACACCAUCAGCAUACCGCCCCGGGUGACACCAUCAGCUUACCGCCCCGGGUGACACCAUCAGCUUACCGCCCCGGGGACACCAUCAGCUUACCGCCCCGGGGACACCAUCAGCUUACCGCCCCGGGGACACCAUCAGCUUACCGCCCGGGUGACAUCAUCAGCUUACCGCCCCGGGUGACACAAUCAGCUUACCGCCCCGGGUGACACCAGCCCUAGCUACGCCAUUGCGUUUGGAUAUGCCCCCAGUUGCCCAAGUAGACGUGUCCCAGCAUUCUGUCUAUUCCAGUUUGUUUUUAUUGUCCAAUAUCGUCGCUAGAUGACACAACUUGAAGGCUUUAAGCUAAAGCUGAGACGUGUGUUCCUGUAGAAAAUGAAUUAACUUUUGUUUACUAUAACAUAUAAUUUGACCAUAAAAGUACGUAAUUAGCUCAACUUCAAUACAGACUAUACUGAACAUUUGCAUGAUUGUGUGUGUGUGUGGGGGGGGGGGUGGACUGUAGUACAGACAAUACUUAACAAUUGCGUUGUUUGUGUGUGUGUUNGCGAGAGGUCAGUAGUCAAGGUCCAACACUGGUUCUAAUGAAAAUUUAAAAGCCUAUCAAUUUUCAAGUUAUAUUUAAAUACCAGAAUAUUCCAAAAGCUUGAACUUCUAGGGUGGGGGGAUAUCAAUUCUGAUACAGAGGCGGACCUAAAUGGCCCGGGGGGGGGGCGGAGGGGGUUGCGACACGUUAUUGUUAUUGUUUUUUUAUGAAUUGAUUUUUCUUUUUUUUCAAAUAGCAAUAUUUAACAUAAAACACAACUUUCUGUCAACUGACAACACAACUGUCUGUCAACUGACAAUAAUUUUAUUUUGAAAUUCGCCUUUAAAACGUUGCAUUAGUUUCUUGCUUGCAAACAUUCUAUGACACAGAGUCUUCCAAUAAAUUAAACUUUCCUUUUGUCUUCUUAUAACUUGAUGUCGGCUCCACUAAUAAGGCGGGAAAAUUCGCGUAACAACUGUACACAUAGGUAAAAAAAAUACCCGUUUCUCAGCCACAAUUCAACGCUUUUACCAAAAAUAGUUGAUGUGGUGAAUUACAUAUCAAAAAGAGUUGAUUUGCUGAAUUAUAUAUCAGAACUAGUUGAGGUGGUGAAUUACAGAUCAGAAAAAGUUGAUUUGGUUAGAGGCAAUUACAUGAAGAGUGUCACGAUGGACACAUGAAGAGUGUCACGAUGGACACAUGAAGAGUGUCACGAUGGACACAUGAAGAGUGUCACGAUGGACACAUGAAGAGUGUCACGAUGGACACAUGAAGAGUGUCACGAUGGACACAUGAAGAGUGUCACGAUGGACACAUGAAGAGUGUCACGAUGGACACAUGAAGAGUGUCACGAUGGACACAUGAAGAGUGUCACGAUGGACACAUGAAGAGUGUCACGAUGGACACAUGAAGAGUGUCACGGUGGACACAUGAAGAGUGUCACGAUGGACACAUGAAGAGUGUCACGGUGGACACAUGAAGAGUGUCACGAUGGACACAGCUGAGGAAUACAUUUUUUUUUUAAAUUACCAAAUUAUUUUUUUUCCUAAUAGUUUUGUGUGUGUUCCUAUUGGUGUCUUUUAAAUUCGGAAAUUUAGCCAUUGAACACUCAUCUAAGGGGCAAAAUAAAAAAAUUAAAAAAAGACUUUGAUUUCUGAAUGGCAGAUAGCUCAAUACGCACCUGGUCCUUUGAUAUUCAUCAACUUACUAAAUGAAGGGCGAGUACUUUUCAUGAGAUCAAAAUCGAGGCCAGAUAUCUUUGAUGUCGAUAGGAUGUCAACGAAAAACAAAGCUCAAGAAGUUAUUGACCGGAUUUUAUGUUGACACGUAUGAUAAAGGAUAGUAUCGAUCCCUCAGAUUUAAUUGUAUGACUACACAAACGAGACAGUGGGGUCACGGGGUGGGGGGGGUCUUCAAAAGCGGGGAGGGGGUGGCACCAAAUGGUAAAAUGCGAAUUUGGCACAGGUCGCUAGACUUGUUAUCAUAGCUGAUAGUAAUUAAAUAAAAAGUAGAUGGUUCCAAAUCUCCCUCCUCAUGGGUACAGGUGGCGGUGUGCCGCUAUGUGUGAGUUUUGCUGAAGGCACAUGUGAUUGGUACAGAUGGAGAUGUGCCGCUAUGUGUGAGUUUUGCUGAAGGCACAUGUGGUUGGUACAGAUGGAGAUGUGCCGCUAUGUGUGAGUUUUGCUGAAGUCACAUGUGGUUGGUACAGGUGGCGGUGUCCCGCUAUGUGUGAGUUUUGCUGAAGGCACAUGUGGUUGGUACAGAUGGAGAUGUGCCGCUAUGUGUGCGUGUUGCUGAAGGCACAUGUGGUUGGUACAGAUGGAGAUGUGCCGCUAUAUGUGAAUGUUGCUGAAGGCACAUGUGGUUGGUAUAGACGGAGAUGUACCGCUAUGUGUGAGUGUUGCUGAAGGCACAUGUGGUUGGUACAGAUGGAGAUGUGCCACUAUGUGUGAGUGUUGCGUGUUGCUGAAGGCACAUGUGGUUGGUACAGAUGGAGAUGUGCCACUAUGUGUGAGUGUUGCUGAGGGUUGGUACAGAUGGCGAUUGUAGGCUUGUAAUGCAGGUGAAUAGAUGUCCGAACCAAUUAAUUUACUUUUGGGCAACAUACUGGUUGCUUGGUAUGUACCAACCACUUGUUUUAUUUCCUGUUUCGAAUCUAAUCCCUUCUUCUUUGACCAGUUUUCGCUUUCAACAUCCCAUCCGCUGUUGAAGAGUUUUCUCUUGAGGCUUCCAUUUCAGAGCGCAGGAAUUACACUAGUAAUUAAGUGUAAUAUAAAGACAAUGUUAAGAAGUCUAGCUUUGGUCUUCAUCUUUAUUCUUAUGAGUUUUAGUGGUGGGGUUAUUUGUUAGCUUAAGCCAGUGGUUCUCAACCUUUCUAGUGCCGCGAUCUUUUAAUACAUUCCGUCACGUUGUGGCGACCCCAAACCACAAAGUUAUUUUCGUUGAUACUUUAUAACUGUGGAGUAUGUGUGUUUUCAGAUGGUCUUAGGCGACCCCUGUGAAAGGGUCGUUCGGACCCCCAAAGGGGUCGCGACCCACAGGUUGAGAUCCGCUGGCUUACACCAUUUGUCAUCUUCAACUUUGCCUCUAUCUCUCUCUGACAGUAUUUUCGUCGUUGGUGACAAUGUUUCCAUGACCUUCAAACUCCUAGCGGAGAGGUUGACCACUGAUGCUCCCUUUCUUUGAGUGUGGGGGUACCACCAAAUCAUUUCCGCAACAAGUCAUUUUUAGAGUUGAUGUUUUUUUUUAAAUAAAAUAUCAAUCUCAUGUUAGAGUGACAACCGAUUUGAAUUGUACCCUUUAAGUUUGUUUAGUUCAAGAUAUGAGACAUCUUUUUUUUAACGAUAUGAGACAUCUUUUUUUUAAAAGAUAUGCCAUAAUGACUCAAGUGGUCACUUAUGGUCCCUCUUAAACAGAUACCCGCUGCAGUCCACACACCCCAACUCACCCACCCACCCACCUACCCACAAAACCCUCGUGACGACACUGCCUCCAAAGAACCUUCCUAGCUCCUCCCAGUCCCCCCCCCCCCCCCCCACACGUUUUUUUUUGUUUUUUUUUUUUGUUUUUUGUUGUUUUUUUUUGGAUACCUGCCAUUGGAUACAUCCAAAGACUAAAUGGAUUGACUAAAUAAAAAAAAAAUAUAUAUUUCUUGUUGUUUUUUUAAAGUCUGGUAAUAGCAUGCGCUAUCUACCUGUUAGACUGUCAGACGUCACUCACACUGUCAACAUGUGAAACAUCUGUUCCCAACUCAUGUGUUGAUGCAUCAGUCGGCGGUCCACAGGUCAAGGCGGCAAGUGGAGCUUGUACGAACAGGCCCCACCCCAAAACAAAAAACAACAAGACAUAAGAAUGAUCUCGUCCAGAUGUGCCAACUCUUCCAGGCGUCAGGUAUUUACACAGAUACAAUUAUUUUCUUUUAUUUAACGACACAUCAAUUAGAAGACUCAGAUGAUGGUGAGAGAUUAGCAAAUCUCAUUUGAAAAGAUAAGUUACUGCCAGUACCUGAUUAUACCUAGCGAGAACAAACAUAGACGCAAAUAUAGACACAAAUAUAGACACAAAAGUAAACACAAAUGUAGACACACAUAUAGGCACAAAUAUAGACAAAAAUGUAGACCCAAAUGUAGACUCAAAUGUAGACACAAAUAAAGACAUAAAUAUAGAAACAAAUAUAAACACAAAUAUAGGCACACAUUUAGACAAAAAUAUAGACACAAAUGUAGAAACUAAUGUAUACACAAACGUAGACAUAAAAGUCGACACAAAAGUUGACAUAAAUGUUGACACAAAUGCUAAUACACACGUAGACCCCAAUGUUGAAAUAAACGUAGACACAGAUAUAGAAACAAAUGUGUACACCAACGCAGACACAAAAGUAGGCGCUAAUGUUAACAUAAAGGUAGUGUAUCGACACAAACAAGACACAACCGUAGACACCAAUGUUGACACAAACGUAGACACCAAUGUUGACACAAACGUAGACACAUACACGCAUACAGAAAUAUAGACGAAGAUAUAGAUACAAACGGAUACACAAAUGUUGAAUAGAUAUGUCAACAUUUUAACAAAAAAAAAAAAAUAUUCCGCAGAAUCAUCCACAAUAAUAUGAUACAGGCCUGAUGGUAUGUAGUUCAGAUGGGGCUCGAACCUAAACCUAACCGAACACACCGAACCCACCGAACACACCAAACACACCAAACACACCAAACACACCGAACACACCGACGAACACACCGAAAACACCGACGAACACACCGAACCCACCGAAUACACCGAACCCACCGAACCCACCGAACACACCGAACACACCGAACAUACCGACGAACACACCGAACACACCGAACCCACCGAACACACCGACGAACACACCGAACACACCGAACCCACCGAACACACCGACGAACACACCGAACACACCGAACCCACCGAACACACCGAACCCACCGAACACACCGAACCCACCGAACCCACCGAACACACCGAACCCACCGAACCCACCGAACACACCGAACCCACCGAACACACCAAACCCACCGAACACACCGAACCCGACUGAUGACCAAACCCGCCCCGAACCACAACUUCAACGUGACGGUGUGCGAACAAACCCGAACUUUCAGCCACAAACUUAUUAGAACCGACAACGUUAGACGAAUGUACACCAUUAGAGCCGACAACGUUAGAUGAAUGUACACCAUUUGAACCGACAACGUUAGACGAAUGUACACCAUGACAACUAACGCCAAAAAAUGUUUAUAACGACAACACCCAUUGGAAAGCGAUUUUUUUUUUUAAAUAAUAAUUAAACUUUUUAUCACCUCCCCCUCCACCUCUUCCCCACCCUUUUUGGGCAUAGGCUUGUGGUGUAGUGUGUGACAACAUCAACAACAACAGCACAAGGGCGCCGACUCACUCGGUGUCGGCCCCUCGCGUCGUUCGAAAACAAACACAAUCAGAUUGGCCUACCUAUCUAUCAGUCCAACCAAUUGUUUACAUUGGACAACACCUAGAUGUGCCUGCGGGGAGAGGGUCACAGUGCGCCUCAGUGAUAAGAUGAUUUUUACAGGAUAAAUAAUUAACAAACACCGACGUGGCGCAAUAGAUCACACAAGUGAGAAAAGACAGGAUAGAGAAAACGUCCAUCGACUUCAGCGUCUUCCCGCAAUGUCAAAAGUCAAACAAAGAAUGCGCGUUAAUGCUCAUUAAUGGUUCAUUUAGUUGAAGAAAGUUCUAGUAGUUUGAACGUCGAAAUGAACCUUUCAAUCUAACGCAGCAUUUAUUCAGCUUCGACUUCCUUCAGAUUUGUCACACAUUUUAAUAAGUAUACGAUGAUUUUUGUAAUUAAUUCAUAUCAUAUUUACAUAAAUGUGUCAUUCAUUUACAAUCUAUUUGUUUAUUUAAAUGAACAGAUUUCAAAUGCCAUAACAAAUCUACACAAAUUUUCUGCUAACAGUAUUUUUCUCAUGCUUGCAUAUUUUGCAUAUGGUGAAACGAGCUGCUCAACACGCGCUACAUGGCGGGAAGUAGGAUUUCUUUUAGUUUGGUAUAUAUAGUUGUGCAUAAAGCAUGGGCCAACCUGGGCCCAAAAGACAGAUAAAACUGGCCAACCUGGGCCCAAAAGACAGAUAAAACUGGCCAACCUCGGUCCAAAUGACAGAUAAAACUGGCCAACCUGGGCCCAAAAUGACCGAUAAAAAAACUGGCCAACCUGGGUCCAAAUGACCGAUAAAUUGGCCAACCUGGGCCCAAAUGACCGAUAAACUGACCAACCUGGGUCCAAAUAACAGACACGCUGAUCAUGACGCAUGGGGCAAUCUCGGCGCAAAUGACGUACCUUAAAUUACUUGAAUAGGUUUGAAAAGAAUAGGGGGCCCAAGUGCAUUACUUUGUCUUCUUCUUUAUUUUAAGGGCCCACGAUCAAUGAAUUGAUCAUUCUGGCUCCUAUGUUUCAGAGGGGUUUGCGAUGUUACUGUCCAUGGGUUUCAAUGGGAUACUUCACUGGUUGCAAGGGCGACUCAGCAGUGGUGUUAUGAACUGGGGGUUGGAAUACAGGAGGCAAUAGACACAAAUGUAUCGAGUGUAGCCACCUCAACUGUUGCUUUUGGAAGCUUGUUCCAGUCCCCUAUUGUCUUCGGCAGAAAUGAGGAGCUUCUGUACUUUGUUCUUGUUUUUAUCAGCCGGAACUGUUUGUCGUGACUUCGUCGCAGUCCAGGGCAACCGUUGUUAUUAUGACGGCCUUGACUAUAUGUAGGACUGAGGUUGUAAACGACAACCUCACACUAACACUAUAUUACUGUGAAAUAAACCAGACGUGUCCAUUUCAUUACGAGACGUGUCCAAUCAGUUACGAGACGUGUCCAUUCAGUUAUGAGACGUGUCCAUUCAGUUACUAGACGUGUCCAAUCAGUUACGAGACGUGUCCAUUCAGUUACGAGACGUGUCCAUUUCAUUACGAGACGUGUCCAUUCAGCUACGAGACGUGUCCAUUCAGUUACGAGACGUGUCCAUUUCAUUACGAGACGUGUUCAUUCAGUUACGAGACGUGUCCAUUUCAUUACGAGACGUGUCCAAUCAGUUACGAGACGUGUCCAUUCAGUUAUGAGACGUGUCCAUUCAGUUACUAGACGUGUCUAUUCAGUUAUGAGACGUGUCCAAUCAGUUACGAGACAUGUCCAUUCAGUUACGAGACGUGUCCAUUCAGUUAUGAGACGUGUCCAUUUCAUUACGAGACGUGUCCAUUCAGUUAUGAGACGUGUCCAUUCAGUUACGAGACGUGUCCAUUCAGAUAUGAGACGUGUCCAUUUCAUUACGAGACGUGUCCAUUCAGUUACGAGACGUGUCCAUUCAGUUACGAGACGUGUCCAUUCAGUUACUAGACGUGUCUAUUCAGUUACGAGACGUGUCCAUUCAGCUAUGAGACGUGUCCAUUCAGUUACGAGACGUGUCCAUUCAGUUAUGAGAAUUGUCCAUUCAGUUAAUGAGAAUCGUCCAUUCAGUUAUGAGAAUUGUCCAUUCAGUUACAGAGAGAAACAGCAAGGAUGCUCUAAACUACUCCCUACAUAAAGAUUGCUAUUUACAUUAUUUCGUCCACAGCUGAUUGUCUUACCUUUAUGUAUGCUGUUGCUGAUGAUUUACCUAUGGACACUGUACCAGUCAACGAGUCAGUGUCUCAAUGAUGCAGAGAAAUUACAGUGGGUCCUUAACUAAUUUAACUUGGAUACGUUUUUUAGUGGAAGACUAUCCUUACAUAAAAAUCUCACUUUAACCUUUGUAUGAAAUAUUUCCCUACAACUGACGGGAAAAUAAGAUAUUUAAAUGUUUGUCUUAAUAUUGGAUUGUUCAUGGGCGGUUUUCCUUUCAGACAUUCCUUCGGGAACAGGGAGUGGGGGGGGGGGGCGAUGCUCCUCGGAGCAAGUUUUCUACCCCCUCUUUGCAUAAAUCGUAUACAGCAAAAGGCAAAUCUGGGACAAAGUAAAAUAACCAUAAAUGUAUAUAUAUAUGCUACAUUUAUUUAUUUGUAUUUAAAUUGCAUUUAAUGUUUUUUUUUUUUUUUUUUUUUUUUUUUUUUUUUUUUUUUUUUUUUAUUUUGCAUGUUGUUGGUAAAAAAAUUUAAAGUCUAAAUAUUUUUUUUAAAUUAUUGUGCGCAAGUUGAACUCUCAUUUCAUUUUUACACAUUGCUGCAUUAUAGAAAUGCCCAAGGAGAAACUAAGCAGGAUACAAAAGCAAUCCCCAUAACCGAAAUGAAUUAAGUUGAUAUUGGGUAAGUGCCCCUGGGGUCAGAGCAGGCCCAAUGGGUGGCGUGUGUGCCUUCAGGGUCAGAGCGAGCCCAGCUGGUGGGGUGGGUUACCCACGGGUCGGAGCCAACCCAGGGCGCCAUGGCCAUUACCUCUCAUUUUUGGCGCUGAUUGAUGCCCCUUUUCCCUAUUUUUCUUGUAACGUUGGCUCUCCUCCCGUUGGCUCUCCUCCCAUUGGCUCUCCUCCCGUUGGCUCUCCUCCCGUUGGCUCUCCUCCCGUUGGCUCUCCCCCCAUUGGCUCUCCUCCCGUUGGCUCUCCUCCCGUUGGCUGUCCUCCCUACCUCAUGAUCGAAUUAACUUUAAGAAAAACUAACCAUGCGGCUGUCACCAGACUUGAUGUUCAACUUAAAGCAUCAGCUCCUGUUUAAACUUUUGUGUGUGGCACUUAAAGAUUAACACCUUUGUUUAGAGCGGUAAGGAUGUAGCCAAAGUAAUAUUACCCGUGCCUUAUUUCAACCCUUGUGUUAGUAGAAUCACCAUUUAUUACAAGUUCUUCAACUGUUGGGAACUGUAUUUAAUGAUUGCAAUCGUGUUCUAUAACAUCAAACAUGAACUGCCACUGAGCCAAGCACACUAAGAAUAAUGGCAUCAACAACUGAGUUUUUUCGACAGUUCAGUUUCUAGAACAACUUCAUUGUUUGUUUAUGCUCUUGUUUGUUUGUUUUUUAUGUGUUGCUGCUUUUGUAUGUGUGUGUAUUUUUAAGAAGAAAUCAUAUAGAACCUGAAAAAAAAAAUUAAACGAUAACUCUUAUUUCGUUAAAUUUAUUUGAAAAAAAUAAACUAUUAAUGCCUCUAAACAGUGCUGAAAUAUUUCCUUACCUCAAGGGCACCACCCGAGGCGAACCACAAUGUGACAGCUCUGGCGGCACAAUGGAGAGGACAGCGAAACCAGCUGUCGCAGAUGUUGAACCAGAUGAAACAGGUUUAUGGUCAACAAAGCUGUGAGAUGCUCACUUUGAGAGGGGUAACACACAGGACAAUUAGUAUUAUCACUAAUAAAUGUUGAUUUUUUUUUUCUUGAAAGUGUCACCACUUUAAUAACAAAAAACAACACUAUAAAUUGAUACAAAGAUUCUGAAAACAAUGUGUCAUCAGAUAAAUAAUGUUCAUCAAAUUGUUAGGAAGCGAAUCAGCAACAACAACAAAACAAAUACAAAGUUGCCAACAAUCUCUGACUCAUGAACUCUGACUCAUGAACUCUGACUCAUGAACUCAGACUCAUGAACUCUGACUCAUGAACUCUGACUCAUGAACUCUGACUCAUGAACUCUACACUAAAGAGUUCAACUCAGGGGAUGAAAGCAAUGUAUCGAAAGAAUUGGAUUUCAAAUAACGAAACUCAUUUCUUUGGCUAUUUUACAACAAAAAAAAUAAAAAGCAUUACACGCAUUUUGAUGGCAACUAUAAUAUCAACCAUUAAUUUUUUUAUUAUUUUAUUUAGUAAAUAUAAUUGUUAUAAUUAGUGUUGAGCAGGGUUCCGACUCCGGUACCAGAAAAUGCAAGCACAUCCGGCAAAUACCCGGAUCCAAUAUAAAAAAACAGACUGUUCCCGUUUUUAUUUUUAAAGAGUUAUCGGUUCUCGAUAAUGUUUUCCAUCCAAUGGGGAGAAAUGAAAAUUGUUAUUAUAGAACCAAAACAUCUUUCUAUAUAUAUCUAUAUGAUGUGUUGAAUAUUUGACCUGAAUUCAAUAAAUAAUACGAGAAAACUAGGAAAACCUGAACCCGGACUUGGAUCCUCUAGGGAUUUUUUUUUCAAAAUACUCUAACUUUGAUAUGUGUGUAGAAAAAUAAUCCCGACUCACUUCUAUCUAUUUAUAGCACUUCUUUAGAUAGCACGUUUUAGCAUUAGUCUAAGUCGAAAAGUUCAUGAACUGCAUUUAUUAGUUUUGGAGUGACAUAUUUUUUUUUUUUUAAUUUGAAAGCAAUAAAACUUUAUGAACUGUCCUUUACACCAGAUGGAUGACCAAGUCUCUGAAAAUGGCGGCUGGUGUAAGGCGGCGAGCAGCCCCAACAGUCCAAGUCACGUGACGGAUACGGUAACUAUGUUAUUAACUAUUGUAGCAUGUCAAGUAAUAGACCUUCAUCUCAACUCACAAAUUUUGUGCUAUUUUCAAAUAUAUCGAUACUGGAUACAUCCACCAGAACACACAUAUGUUGUUGGUAAAGUGUGGCCACCGAGACAGUCUAUAAGACACACAUGAUAGAGGUAGUUACAUGCUUGUUUUUAAUUAUUGUUUUAGUAAUAAUGCGUUACAGUGCUCCUAUCAUAUGCUGCUUUUGUAGAGGAUCCCAUUGCUUCAGGGUUCGACCCCCCAGCAAGGUAUAUAUAACGUUGGACCAGAAAUAUCAUGAAGCCAUAAAAAUUCCCCAAACCUGGGGUACAUCAGACUUCAAGGAGGGCGAAAUAGCUUUUUGGUGUCAGAAUUGCUUGAUAAAUAUUAGUGAGAAAGAUAGUACAAAAAAAUAUUUAAUACAUGUAUUAUAAAGUAGAAAAAAUAUAUAUCGGGAAAACCCUGAAACAAAAUAACAGGUUCUUAAGAACUUCGUACAUUACGCCAUAAUGUAUGAAUACAUUUAAAAGGUUAACAGCAUGUGGGUUACAGUUUAAAAAAAAAAUUAAUUCUCAUAUUUCCCAUACAGCAAUUUUCCGAGGCUAUGAGCUCUUUCCUAAAAGGCAAGAGAGUGGCGAGUUUUGGUGACGGCCCUGGGGAGUAUAAGAAACUCCUGGAGUCUUACGGCGAGGUUGUCAGCUACACAGCAUAUGACGGGGCGCCAUAUUGUGAGGAGGUCACAGGAGGUAAGGUAUGUAUAUGUGGGUGAUAUAUUAUUUAGCUUAAAAUUUUAUUGAACACAUAAUCAAAUGUAUUGUUGACUCAGUCAAUGUGAAUAGUUGACUCAGUCAAUUUGUAUAGUUGACUCAGUCAAUGUGUAUAGCUGACUCACUUACUGUGUAUAGCUGACUCACUCACUGUGUAUAGUUUUCGGAUCCUAAAAUUGGGCCACACUAUAUCAAGAUCAUUUUAAUGUUUCUCUUUGAAGGCUAAUUUAUAUUUUGUAACAUAUGAUUCAUAAUAACACAAUGUUUCUUUUAUCACUCAAGAUGGCAUAAUUUUUUAAAUACCCCAUGCUUUCAUUUUAGGUAACGUUUCUUGACCUUACAGCGCCUCAAUAUGGACUACCCAUCUUUGACUGGGGUAUUUGUGUUGAAGUAGCAGAACACAUCCCUGCCAAGUAUGAGACUAUUUUCCUGGACAACCUGGUCAGGCACGUCAGGGAAGGUCUCAUUCUGAGUUGGAGCCGUCCAGGUUUGUAGUGGAGUUAAUGACUCGCAUUUUAGCCCUACAUUUUAACCUUCAUUUUAAUUCUAUUUUCCACCGUAUUUUUUCAACCAUAUGAUUUCCUAUCUACCCUUACUCUGGCGCCUCUGCAGCUACUUUAUAAACUGGAGCCAGUUGGUUUAAAUUUUUCCCUGAUAUAUACCAUAAUAAAGACUUAUCUUUCCAUCCUCUGGGGCAGGGGUCGGUAACCAACGACACGCGUGCCAGACAUGCCACGCACAGCAAUUUUUAUUGCCACCCGUAAGACCAAAUAAAAAAUUAUAAGUGACUUUUAAAAUGCGUCUUAGAUGGUAGACUUUUACGCUAUUGACUUUGAGUCUUACUUUGGCACGCUGAAUGACUUUGAGUCUUACUUUGGCACGCUGAAUGACUUUGAGACUUACUUUGGCACGCUGAAUGACUUUGAGUCUUACUUUGGCACGCUGAAUGACUUUGAGUCUACUUUGGCACGCUGAACUCACUUUGGCACGCUGAACUCACUUUGGCACGCUGAAUGACUUUGAGUCUUACUUUGGCACGCUGAAUGACUUUGAGUCUUACUUUGGCACGCUGAACUCACUUUGGCACGCUGAAUGACUUUGAGUCUUACUUUGGCACGCUGAAUGACUUUGAGUCUUACUUUGGCACGCUGAAUGACUUUGAGUCUUACUUUGGCACGCUGAAUGACUUUGAGUCUUACUUUGGCACGUGAAUGACUUUGAGUCUCACUUUGGCACGCUUAAUGACUUUGAGUCUGACUUUGGCACGCUCAUACCAAAAGGUUGCCGACCCCUGCCCUGAGCUCCGGCGAAAUGAAAUCAUGGCUGGUCCACCCGCCAACACGCGGUCACCUGGGUUUGAUGUCUUCCCCAGAUCAAGACGGCCUAUCCCAUGUCAACAACAAGGCCUUUGAAGACGUGGUGCCGCUCAUGUUAAGGAGAGGAUUCGCGCUCAACGUUACGGCGGGUGAACCCCUGAGGCGAUCGGCACAGCAACACUGGCUCAAAAAUAAUGUCCACGUCUAUAACAGGAUAUCUAAGGACUCUUUGUCAGAACUGGACGCUUGACCUAAAUGUACGUGUGGUGUCAAUGUUUAGUUUUAUACAAGGGUGGUGUAAAGAGUUAGGUUUAAGUGAAGCGAGUAUCAGACUCUCGAAUGUCUAUAAUUUGUUUUAUCAUUUUUUUAUUUUAUUGUCUGAAUUAAGACUUUGCUUUUCAUUUCAUUAUAUGUGGUUGCAUUGCUGUUUAAAAGUGUGUCGAGGAAUAUGGGACUUAUAAGGGUUAGUGUGACUAAUAAUAUAAAGGAAACAAUGUAUGUAUUUUUUUCAGCUUAAAGUGUAUCUUGAUCAAUAAAGUCAUAAUCUUUCUUUAUUUUUAAAACAAAAACUACAAAAAUAAAACAGUCUAAGAUACCAUGCCAUCCACAAAAAUAAAACGUUUUAAGAUACCUUGACAUCUACAAAAAUAAAACAGAUGUCAAUGUAUCUUAAACGAAUUAGCACGUAUCUCUUUGUAGUUAAAAACUUUGUCACAUUAUGGAAUAGAUAAAGACUGUAUCACAUUGAUGUAAUAAAGACUUUGUCACAUUCAUGGAAUCACGAACUUCUCGCCUUCAUCUUCAGGAAUUGACACAGCGAACUGAUAGAAAAUGAUUUCUUGUAAGUUGAAGUAGUUGAAUUUUUAGGCAUUGGUUCUUCUCGCCCCCCUCCACCACCCCCACCCCCGGUUUUAUACAACGGGGCUGCAAUUUUGUAUUGACUCUUGAAAUGACCGUCCCUGGAAAUUUACAUCGUUCUAAUAUUUUUGAUUUGUCUUCUAUACUUUGAUUCUAUACUUUGAUUCUAUACUUUGAUUCUAUACUUUGAUUC